CCUACCUCCGGUAGGUGGCGGUAAUGCACCUACAAGGUGUUUAUCAGCCCCUGUGAAAAGAAAGGGAAGAAGAAGAAGAAACAGGAAAAAGAAGAAGAGGAGAACCUGCCCGCCAAUUUUAAAGGAUGUAAACAGAUCAGUCAUUCCUCGUCUGGUUGACAUGUUGUGAAGAAAAUAACUUUAACCACGUAGCGACGAAUAUUUCUCCGUCUACAAUGAAUUCCAGUGGAAAAGGAUCUGCCGAUUCAACCCACAUUGCUGCCAGUGGUGACAACGAUUCCAUCAAAGUUUUUGUCCGAGUGCGACCCCUGACUCAGGGUACAGGGCUGACCACAGAUGGAGAUCAGAGUCUGUGUCUCACGGUCACUUCACCCAACACCAUCCGUCUGCUGUCAAAACCAGAACCACGAACCUUCACCUAUGAUCAUGUUGCUGACAUGGACACAUCUCAGGACUCUGUAUUCUCCAGCGUGGCCAAGAAUAUUGUUGAGUCUUGUAUGAAUGGAUACAAUGGUACUAUAUUUGCCUAUGGACAAACCGGCUCAGGGAAAACUUUCACAAUGCUUGGACCAUCUGAGUUGGAUAACUUCACAGAUGAACUAAGGGGUGUUAUUCCUCGAAGUUUUGAAUACCUGUUUUUUCUCAUUAACAGAGAAGCGGAAAGGUCUGGCCAGUCCAAGAAUUUCCUCUGCAAAUGCUCAUUUAUUGAGAUAUACAAUGAACAAAUAUAUGACCUUCUGGACACAGCCUCAGCCAGCCUUUUCCUCAGGGAGAACAUCAAAAAGGGUGUAUUUGUUGAGGGAGCUGUGGAGAAAUUUGUGAACUCAGCUGCUGAAGCCUACCAGGUGCUGUCUAUGGGCUGGCGCAAUCGACGUGUGGCCUCCACCUCCAUGAAUCGCGAGUCUUCAAGAUCUCAUGCAGUUUUCACUAUGACUUUGGAGUCCAAAGAAUCCAUCAAUGAAGUAGUGAACAUCCGAAUGUCUCAGCUGAACCUGGUUGAUCUGGCAGGGUCUGAGAGACAAAAAGACACACACACAGAGGGCUCCAGACUCAAGGAGGCCAGCAGUAUCAAUCGCUCGCUCAUGUGCCUUGGCCAGGUGAUCAUGGCUUUGGUGGAUGUGUCCAAUGGGAAGAAUCGCCACAUCUGCUACAGGGAUUCUAAACUCACUUUCUUGCUCAGGGACUCUCUUGGAGGAAAUGCAAAGACUUACAUCAUAGCAAAUGUACACCCUGGGUCAAAGUGUUUUGGAGAAACAUUGUCCACUUUGCAGUUUGCCCAGAGGGCAAAACUGAUCAAAAAUAAGGCUGUCAUCAAUGAAGACACACAGGGAAAUGUAAGGCAGUUGCAGGCUGAAGUGAAGAAGCUGAAAGAGCAGCUUGCACAGGUGCUGGCAGCUCAGGGAAUGGACUGUGGGAGAGAUAUAGCACCAGGAGGACCUGAACUCCCCAUGGGCCCAACCACUGAAAUGCAACACAUCAUCUCAUAUAAAUCGAAGUUUAUGUCUGCUGUUCGUUUGUGGAGGAAGCAAGACGAGGAGAAGAAGAUGCUGCUUAAGAAGGUGGCUCAGCUUGAGGAGGCCUGGACACAAAAGGACAAGUUCAUCCAUUCCAGCCGUAUGAUUGUCAGGUUUCGUGAAGACCACAUCUCUCGUCUUGAGAAAAAACUGAAGGCAGGACAAAGCUUGCUUUCAGACAAGGAGUCUCAGGCUUUGAUUGACCAGCUGAAAGAAGAGAUUAAGAUCUUAAGAGAUCAGGUUGAACAUCAUCCAAAGAUGACUCGAUAUGCGGCAGAGAAUUACAGCCUCAGGGAGGAGAAUCGUCUACUACGUUCGCUUGAAUCAGUGGUUAAAGCUGAAGAGGUUGCAGCCCAGGUUGCUGCUGAGUUGGAAGACGCCUUUCAGAUGGCUAUAGAGUCAGAAAGACUCCCAGAAACUGCAGCAGUCUCUUCAUCCACUGUGGCUACAGAUACUGUCUCAGCAGCUACAAUUGAGAAGCUGAACGCUAAACUUCUUCAGAAGCAGUCAGACCUCACAGCUGCUCUUCGGGCCUUUGAGGAGUACAAAGAAGUGACCAAGAAACAGAUGUCGCAGUUGGAGUCUGAGAAAAGAUACCUUGAUAAGUCCAACAGGCAUUUGGAAAACAUUUUGGAAGCCACAAAUGCUUACAAAAAACGGGAGGUUUCUGAACUGAACAGAAUUCAUGUUGAAACUAUAAAGAUUCUCACCACGCCCACCAAAGCAUACAAUUUGCGGUCCCGCUUCGUGCCUCUCUCCAGCCCCGACCACCUGAAAGAUGAAGAUAAUAAAGCGGAGAACAUCUGGGCUGAGCAGCCUCCAUCAGACAUGGGUGAGAUGGCCUUGACAGAGGAGUUACGUCAAGUGCAGGAUCAAGCCAGUCGUGUUCAGACACAGCUAAAUGAAGAGGAGUUAAAAAACAGCAAGUUGUUGCAGCAAAUUGCAAAACUUGAGGAGCAGAUUACUAUGAUGUCACAAGAAGCUGACCAGAAGGAUGAGCAACUUUCUGCUGAGAGAACCAAUAGGAACAAAGAUCAGCUCGUCCUGCAAGAGACUGUUAACAACCUGCAACAGAGCCUUCAGUCUGAACAGCAAGCUGCACAAGUUCUGAGGAGUGAGAUACGCGAUCUACGCUUGGUGCUGCAGUCAUCCGAUAAGGAGCUGGCCUCUGUGAAGAACGAACUGAGAGACGGUCAGAAUGAGCAGGAGAAAGAGAUGAGUCAGCUCUCCAACAGUCUGAUCAGCACACAGCUCCAACUUGACAAAGUCCAACUGGAGUGGGAGCAGCUUCUAGAGCAGCAUCGGACUCUGCAGGAUUCAUUUGACCAGCUGCAAGCUGAGGCCAAGUUUGAGGCUGAUCAGGCGAGACAGCAGCUGCACGACAAGCAGCAGGAGACUGAUGAACUGAAGACACAAGUCAUGGCAUUAAAUAAUUCUCUGCAAAGUGAGCAGGAGCACACAAGCACUCUGAUCUCCCAGUUAAGAGAAAAUAAAGAAAUCACAUCAAGAGAACUUACUGAAACUGUGGAGCAGAAUACACAUCUCAGAAAACAAGUGUCAGACUUGACAGUACAAAAUCAACAACAGGUGUCCAAAAUUUCUGAUUUUGAGCAAAAUUUAGCUUCUGCCAAUGAAAGGAUAAAAAGCUUGGAGCAGAAGAUUGAACAGGACAAAGACGUUGUUUUAGAUCUGAUUAACCAAACCAGAGACCUCCGCAGUGAACUGAGCCACAAGGACCAGACCAUAAACCACCUGUCUGGAGAUAUCAAAGACAUUACGGCUAAAUACAGUGCUGCCUGCCUUGAAAGGGAGGACAUCAAGGAGCAAAACUGUAAGAUGCAUGCAGAAAUCUGUGGCCUGAAAGAAACUUUAGACAGGAGGGCAGCAUCCAACAAAAUAGAGGUUGAAGUCUUGCAGGAGGAGAUUGCUUACGCCACUGAAGAGGUCGAGAGACUCACCAAGGUCUUAGAUGAGCAGAACAGCCUCCUCCAAGCAUCUCAAGAGCAAACAGCCCAGAAGGAGGUCACGAUACAGAAUCUAGAGCAGAAGGUACAACAACAGCAAGAAGCUGUUGAGAAAACAAUCAGAAAUGGAAUUUUCAAACCCCUUGUUGAACCAACCGUCACGCCUAAAUCACUACCUCGGACACCCUGUACUCCAGGAAGCUUCAACAGGGACCUGACCCAGGUGCUGGAGAGCCAGGAGCAGGAGCUGGAGAGUAGACGCUCCUCCAUGAUGACCAUGGAGAUUCUGUUAGCAGAGCUGAACGCUGAGAGGGCUGCCAAGAAUGAGGAAAUCCAAAGACUAAAGACGCAGCUGACUGAAAAAGAGAUGGUUCGAAUGGAGAUCCAGGAAUUGCUCGACAAGUUUUACACAAAGCAGAGUCAGCUGACACAGAACGGAAAUAACAGUGAGGAGCUGAAUGAAGUCAUCAAGCAGUCGAUGCUUAAAGAGCUGCAGGAGGAGAGAGCAGAGAAGAGCAAAAUUCUAGAGAAGCUGUCUGGCACUCAGAAAAGAUUGCAGGCACAGGAGUCCAUGCUGGCUCAGUCUCAGACCUGUGUUCAAGAGCUGACCACUGAGUUGAGGAACCGCUGUCUAGAGUUGAGAGAACUGAGCCAGAGGAUACACGAUGAGGAGAAGCUAGUCCAGGAGAAUGAGGUUCUCCGUAAGCAGAACGUUAAGCUGUCAGAGGAGAAUGGGAAACUUGUAGGACACAAAAACCACAAACAAAGGAUUGAAUAUCUGGUUAAACUGAAAAAGGACAAUACUAAACUUCAAGAGGAAAAUGAAAAGCUCCGAACAGAGCUUAGCUUAAUGCAAGACAACAUUGGAUGUCCAUCCAUGGAGAUGAUGUAAAUCCCUGGUUUGUAAAUGAACAGUGAACAGUGUUGCUUGUGAACAAGUGUUUUUUGUUUUGUUUUUUUAAGACAUUGUUAUUUUUUUUCAGUCAGUAAAUGUGAAGCAGUAUUUUACUUAUCUUUUACUGUUAUCCCAAAGUUUUGAUUGACUCAGACGUUACCUUAGCUCAAGGACAGACCAGCGGUGACAAAACGUUGAUUAGUGCAGCUACAUCUUUACUCGGUCUUGCUGAGCUGCUUUGAAUGUACAGGAGUAUGUCUUGUCACAGUUCUCGCAGGCUGAAAAUCUUUCCGUUCAUACCUUUUUUGGUGGUCAUGUCUGGUGCUGUGAUUGUUGACUAACCAUUUAGGUUGUGUCCAUGGUAUUAUGUUUGUUGUAUUUUUUCCAUCAUUCUUAUAGCCAGUGUCUUUUUGGCACUUUUUAUUAUACUGUAAUUAAAUUCUUUUUCCUCCCUCUAA